CGUAACGGUUAACCGCGAGAGAUUUAAUAGAAACAAAAUAUAAAAUAAAACAGUCACUACAACACAACACAACUCAAAAAGGACAGUGAGGGGAGAGGGUUUGCAAUGCAAUGAUAACUGCGUUUUCAUGUACAAAACACAGAAAUGGCACGUUAGAGAGACUAGUGUAGCUUACAAACAGAGCUCCACUUUGCCGAAUCUGGAAAAUAAACACACUUGUACCACCUCACUUCACUUUACCACUUUCUUCUCUCAACAUGCUAAUGUACGCUGCUAACCUCAACCCACCCUUAUAACCUUCCUUUCUCUGUUUCACUCCCUUAAAAUCAACUACCAUUGCCAUGUCUUCGCUUUUUCUUCUCCUCAUGGUGCUAUGCGCACCGUUCUUAUCAUGCGCCGUAACCGUCACUGAGAUCCAGGCCUUGACAUCCUUCAAGCUCAACCUCCACGAUCCUCUGCAAGCUCUCGACAGUUGGGAUCCCUCCUCGCCGGCGGCGCCCUGUGACUGGCGCGGUGUUUCCUGCUCCGACGACCGAGUCACCGAACUGCGUUUGCCUCGCCUUCAACUCGGUGGCAGACUCACUGACCGUCUCUCUGAGCUUCGCAUGCUGCGGAAGAUUAGCCUCCGUUCCAACUUCUUCAACGGAACCAUUCCGUCAUCUCUCUCGAAAUGCACGCUGCUACGCUCCGUUUUCCUGCAGGACAACUCAUUCUCCGGUAACUUCCCGGCGGAGAUCGGAAACCUCACCCGCCUUCAGAUUCUCAACGUCGCGCAAAACCACCUCUCCGGCAGCCUCCCCGGCGAGCUUCCGGUCACUCUCAAGUACCUUGACCUCUCAUCAAACGCAUUCUCCGGCGAGAUUCCUAGCGCCAUAGCUAACCUCUCUCAGGUUCAGCUCAUCAACCUCUCCUACAACCAUCUCUCCGGUGAGAUUCCGGCGAGCUUGGGAGAGCUUCAGCAGCUGCAGUACCUCUGGCUUGACCACAACUUCAUAGAAGGAACUCUGCCUUCGGCGCUCGCUAACUGCUCCUCGCUCGUCCAUCUGAGCGCGGAGGAAAACGCACUAGGCGGCGUGGUCCCGUCGGCGAUUUCGGCGCUUCCGAAGCUUCAGGUGAUGUCUCUGUCUCAGAACAAUUUCACUGGCUCCGUUCCCGCUUCCGUUUUCUGCAACGUUUCGGCCUACGCGCCGUCGCUUCGGAUUGUUCAGCUUGGAUUCAAUAGGUUCACGGAUUUCGUUGGGCCUGAAACAAACACAUGUUUCAGUGUUCUUCAGAUUCUGGAUGUUCAACACAACCACAUAAAGGGCACGUUUCCCUUGUGGUUAACCAAGGUAACCACGUUGACGACGCUUGAUGUUUCCAGCAAUGCACUUUCCGGCGAGAUUCCGCCGGAGAUAGGAAACCUCGCCAUGUUGACGGAGUUGAGGGUGGCUAACAAUUCCUUCACCGGCGCCAUUCCGGUGGAAAUCAAGAAAUGCAGUCUCCUGAGUGUUGUUGAUUUUGAAGGCAACGAUUUCGGCGGAGAAGUCCCUUUGUUUUUCGGCGAAAUGGCGGGUCUGAAGGUGCUAUCACUUGGUGGGAAUCACUUCUCUGGCUCAGUUCCGGUGAGUUUUGGUAACCUUUCCUUUCUUGAAACAUUGAAUUUGAGAGGCAAUAGCGUAAAUGGAAAUUUUCCUGAGAUGAUAAUGAAAUUGAGCAAUUUGACAACACUGGACCUUAGUGGAAACAAGUUUACUGGUCAGAUUUAUGCUAGUGUUGGGAAUCUAAAUCAAUUGGUGGUUCUCAAUCUGAGUGGCAAUGGCUUCUCUGGAAAAGUUCCUUCUAGUUUGGGAAACCUUUUCAGGCUAACUACACUUGACCUGAGCAAACAGAAUCUCUCUGGAGAGUUACCUUUUGAGCUCUCUGGACUGCCCAAUUUGCAAGUGAUUGCUCUGCAGGAGAACAAGUUAUCUGGGGAUGUACCUGAAGGGUUCAGCAGUUUGAUGAGCUUGCAAUAUGUGAAUCUCAGCUCCAAUGCUUUUUCAGGGCAAGUUCCUGAAAACUAUGGCUUUCUUCGUUCACUGCAUGUUCUUUCAUUGUCUCGUAAUCACAUCACAGGAGCAAUUCCUCCUGAAAUUGGAAACUGCUCUGAUUUGGAAAUUCUUGAGCUUGGAUCAAAUUCUUUAGCAGGCCAUGUUCCUAGUGAUCUCUCUCGCCUCACCAAUUUGAAGGUGCUUGAUUUGGGUGGUAACAAUUUAACAGGGGAUUUGCCAGGGGACAUCUCCAAAUGCUUGUCAUUAACAGCUUUGUUAGUGGAUCACAAUGGUCUUUCAGGUAACAUAUCAGGGUCAUUGUCGAAUCUAUCCAACCUAACAAUGCUGGAUCUCUCUGCUAACAACCUGAGUGGCGAAAUUCCAAGCAACUUCUCCAUGAUCUCUGGUUUGGUAUACUUCAAUGUCUCAGGAAAUAACCUGGAAGGUGAGAUACCUCCAACAUUGGGAUCAAGGUUCAGCAACCCCUCUGUAUUUGCAGAUAACCAGGACUUGUGUGGGAAGCCAUUGAAAACCAAGUGUGAAAACACAGACAAUAAAGACAGAAAGAGGUUGAUUGUGUUGGUUGUUAUCAUAGCAUGCGGAGGGCUUCUAUUAGUCAUGUUUUGCUGCUUCUACAUCUUCAGCUUAUUGCGAUGGCGUAAGAAGCUGAAAGAAAGGGUUUCCGGUGAGAAGAAAAAGAGCCCUGCCAGAGCUAGCUCCGGUGCAAGCGGAGGCCGUCGCAGCAGCGAAAACGGAGGGCCGAAACUAGUGAUGUUCAACACCAAAAUAACACUAGCUGAAACAAUGGAAGCAACAAGACAAUUCGAUGAAGAAAAUGUGCUGAGCAGAACAAAACAUGGACUAGUAUUCAAAGCCUGCUACAACGAUGGAAUGGUCCUUUCAAUUCGCAGGCUCCCAGAUGGAUUAUCACUAGAUGAAAACAUCUUCAGAAAAGAAGCUGAAUCACUCGGCAAAAUCAAGCACAGAAACUUAACCGUUCUCAGAGGCUACUACGCUGGUCCUCCAGACAUGAGACUCUUAGUCUACGAUUACAUGCCAAACGGAAACCUCGCUACGCUUCUCCAAGAAGCUUCUCAUCAAGAUGGCCAUGUUCUAAACUGGCCAAUGCGGCACCUCAUAGCACUCGGAAUCGCUCGUGGCUUAGCCUUCAUCCACCAAUCUUCAAUGGUUCACGGUGACGUGAAACCGCAGAGUGUACUAUUCGAUGCAGACUUUGAAGCGCACUUAUCAGAUUUCGGGUUAGACCAGCUAACAAUAGCAGCAGCCACUUCAACAGAAGCAGCCUCCACCUCAACCUCCGCCGGCACGGUGGGUUAUAUCUCGCCGGAAGCAAUCUUGACCGGAGAAGCAUCAAAGGAGUCUGACGUGUACAGCUUUGGCAUCGUGCUGCUGGAGCUUCUAACAGGAAAGCGACCCGUGAUGUUCACCCAGGACGAAGACAUUGUCAAAUGGGUCAAGAAGCAAUUACAAAAGGGUCAAAUCACAGAGCUGUUAGAACCGGGUUUGCUUGAGCUUGACCCGGAAUCAUCAGAAUGGGAAGAGUUUUUGCUUGGUGUGAAAGUCGGGUUGCUCUGCACCGCACCCGACCCGCUUGAUCGACCCACAAUGGCUGACAUCGUUUUCAUGCUGGAAGGCUGCCGGGUCGGGCCUGAUAUCCCAUCGUCCGCGGACCCCACCUCGCAAACUUCUCCGGCAUAACCCGAAUUUGCUAAUUUUUUGUCAUUUGUUUUGUUAAUUAUAAUUUUUUUUUCUAUUUUAAUUUCAUUUGAGUAGCUAUUUGUUGUUAUUAUUAUUAUUAUCCAACAAAUAUUGAAGUCACUUGCUUCCA